AUGCUGGAGGAAAUUGGCUCCAAGACGCGCACACGCCCAACUCACACCCCGACAACCAUUUCGUCCAGAAGGAGCCGCCGGGCUCCCGGCCCCGACCCGCCCAUAAGCGUGGAGCGUCUGGGAACCGCGCGGAGGAGCCGACCCGCGGCGACGAGGGCUGCCGGCACCUGGACGGGGCUGCUGGUGCUGCGGCUGUUCUUGGUGCUGAAGCUGGCGCUGCCCCGGACCCGAGGCCACUUGCCCCCCGGGCCACCGCUGCCGCUGCCGCUGCUGGUGAAACUCCUGCAGCUUCGGCCCGGGGCGCUGUACUCGGGGCUCUUGCGGUUGAGUAAGAAGUACGGACCAGUGUUCACCGUGUACCUGGGACCCUGGCGGCGCGUGGUGGUCCUGGUCGGGCACGAGGCUGUGCAGGAGGCCCUGGGAGGUCAGGCUGAGGAGUUCAGUGGAUGGGGGAUGUUGGCAACGCUGGACGGGACCUUUGACAGCCAUGGAGAUCUCGCCUUCUGCACAGGGGUUUUCUUCUCCAACGGGGAACGGUGGCGGCAGCUGCGGAGAUUCACCCUGCUGGCCCUGCGGGACCUGGGCACGGGAAAUCGAGAAGGCGAGGAGCUGAUCCAGGCGGAAGCUCAGGGUCUGGUGGAGACAUCCCGGGGGGAUGGAAGGUCAGACGGCCCUUUGCUGGCUCAGGCCACCUCCAACAUCAUCUGCUCCCUCACCUUCGGCCUCUGCUUCCCCUACGACGAUGAGUUCCAGGCCGUGGUCCGGGCGGCUGGUGACACCAUGCUGGGGGUCAGCUCCCCGUGGGGCCAGUUAAGUGGGCGGGACCCCUGUCCAGCCACCUUUUCCAGACCUGUGCAGCCACACAAGGAGAGCCUGGACACCUCAGCCCCCCCCUAUGACAUUGUGGAUGCCUUCCUGCUGAAGAUGGCAAAGGAGGAGCAGGACCCAAGCACAGAAUUGACUGACAAGAACUUGCUGAUAACAGCCAUUUAUCUGCUGUUCGCCGGGAUGGUCACGGUCAGCACCACUGUCCGCUACACCCUCUUGCUUCUGCUGAAGUACCCUCAGGUCCAAGAGCUUGUGAGGGAGGAACUGACCCGGGAGCUGGGGGCCGGCGGUGCACCGGGCCCGGGGGACCGAGCCCACCUCCCCUACACGGACACCGUUCUGCACGAGGUGCAGCGGCUGCUGGCUCUGGUGCCCAUGGGAGUGCCCCGCGCCCUCUCGAGGACCACCUGCUUCCGAGGGUGCACCCUGCCCCAGGGCAUUGAGGUCUUCCCCCUCCUUGGCUCUGUCCUGCAUGAUCCUGAGGUCUUCGGUCAGCCACACGAAUUCAAUCCAGACCGAUUCCUAGAUGCGGACGGACGGUUCCAGAAGCAGGAGGCAUUCUUGCCCUUCUCCUUAGGUAAGCGUGUCUGCCUCGGAGAGGGCCUGGCUCAGGCAGAACUAUUCCUCCUUCUCACCACCAUCCUGCAGGCCUUCUCCCUGGAGAGCCCCUGCCCGCCGGGGGCCCUGAGCAUCCAGCCAGCUGUCAGCGGCUUUUUCAACAUCCCCCCAGCCUUCCAUCUGCAAGUCCAGCCCCACUAA